CACUCAUACAGGAGGAGGCAGAGGCAACAGCUACAGCAACAGCUCGCUCCUUCCUCAGCCAUCCUUUCCCUUCCUAAAUUCCAAAUUUAUGUCACUAGAAGACGAAGGGGACGCUGACUUACUGAAGAGCACUGGUUGAAAGAGAGGUUGGUCUCAUAUGAUCCUCUUGAAUGUAAAAGGCUUUCAUCUUUCCUGGGGUCACGUUAACCAACAAGGAGUAGAAGGAGGUGUGAAGUGGGCACAAGCCUGUUGCCAUUUAAGAGGGCAAGAAGGAAAACCGGCAAUAGGACAGGAGUCAGAGGAAUGUUUGGAAAGCCGAAGAGUAAGACCCACUAAAGGAAAGAUCAGAAGAUCACAUCGGUGAGGUUCUGGACUGACACUGGCAACCCGUGGGCCAGGAGGAGAGGAAAUAAGAUCUGCAUAAGCACACAGCUGCACAGAUGAGGAGGCACCAGGGACCACGCUUCAGUCCUGGGUGUCUGGUGCACUGACCCUGCCUGUAUCAGGCGAGGAGUCAGAGGACCAGCGCCAUGACUGACUCUUCUGGCCCAGGUGGUCAUGCCCUAGGGCCUUGGCCAAAAGUGUGGAAAUGGGUUUUGACUUCCUCGCUGGUUUCUGUCAUAGCUUUAACUAUGCCAGAGACUGCCAAGGCCUGUCCUCCACGAUGUGAGUGUUCAGCCCAGCUCAGAUCUGUGUCAUGUCAACGGCGGCGGCUCACAAACAUCCCAGAAGGCAUUCCAACUGAAACAAGGGUCUUGGACCUCAGCAAAAACCGGCUCCGUUGGGUGCAGGCAGGUGAUCUAGCACCGUACCCUCGGCUGGAGGAAGUGGAUCUUAGUGAAAACCUCAUCGCAACAUUGGAGGCCAAUGCCUUUGCAGCACUUCAGAAUCUUAAAGUUCUCAAAUUAAGGGGGAACCAGCUGAAGAUAGUACCCAUGGGGGCAUUUGCCAAAUUGGGCAAUCUUACCAGCCUGGAUCUAAGUGAGAACAAAAUGGUGAUUUUGUUGGACUUUACCUUCCAGGAUAUGAGGAAUCUAAAACAGCUAGAAGUUGGGGACAAUGAUCUGGUUUACAUAUCCCACAAGGCUUUCUCAGGACUUUUGGGACUAGAGGAUCUCACAAUAGAGCGCUGCAAUCUCACAUCCAUUUCUGGCCAGACACUGUCCUACCUCCACAGCCUGGUCACUCUUCGCCUUCGACACCUUAGCAUCUCUGCCCUGGAGGACCAGAACUUUCGCAAACUGACCAACUUGCGGGGUCUGGAUAUCGAUCACUGGCCAUACCUUGAGUAUAUCUCCCCUCUCAGCUUUCAGGGCCUAGACCUUCACUGGCUCUUCAUCACCAACACAAACAUCACCUCUGUCCCCUCAGCCUCCUUCAAGAAUCUGGUGCACCUUACCCACCUCAACCUGUCCUACAAUCCCAUCACCACACUAGAGCCUUGGGCCUUCAAGGAUUUACUGAGGUUAAAGGAGCUCACCAUGGUAGGCACUGGGUUGCUGACGGUUGAGCCUCAGGCCCUUGGGGGCCUCAGACAGAUUCGAGUAUUAAACUUUUCCUCCAAUGACCUGCAGACUCUGGAAGAAGGGUCCUUCCACUCUGUUAACAGCCUGGAAACCCUCAGAGUGGAUGGAAAUCCCUUGUUGUGUGACUGCCGUCUGUUGUGGAUCCUGCAAAGACGCAAGACCCUCAACUUUGACGGCAGAGUGCCGGUGUGUGCAGGGCCGUUGGAGGUACAAGGGGUCAGCAUCAGCUCCUUCUCUGAUUCUGCUCUCUUCGAUCAUUUUACAUGCCAGAAACCUAAGAUACGGAACCGUAAGAUGCAACAGGUGGUUGCUCGGGAAGGCCAACCAGUGAGUUUUGUGUGUCGAGCUGAUGGAGAUCCUACACCAGCUAUUAUCUGGAUUUCACCGCAGCGUAGACGAAUCAAGGCAAAGAGUUCAGGUCGAAUCACUAUUCUCCCCAGUGGUACUCUGGAGAUUCGCUAUGCUCAGGUCACUGACAGCGGGACAUACAUCUGCAUCGCCACGAAUGCUGGGGGUAAUGACACUUACUUUGCCACUCUUACAGUGCGAGGUCAGCCCUUAGAUUCUGCCUCAGCCUUUUUUCUUAACCGCUCUCUGUACACCGGAGAGUACUUCAACGACACAAAUAUAAACAGCACACGGGUUUACAUUAAGUUCACCUUGGACCUGACCACCAUAUUGGUCUCAACGGCUAUGGGUUGCAUCACUUUUCUGGGAGUUGUUCUCUUCUGCUUCCUGCUGUUGUUUGUGUGGAGUCGGGGACGUGGCCAGCGCAGAAACAACUUCACAGUAGAGUACUCUUUCCGGAAAUCUGAACCCAGCACAGGGAGCUCUACAAGAGGGACCAGGAAAUUUAAUAUGAAAAUGAUAUGAAACAACGCAGCCAGGGGUCCCUUGGGGGAGGCAUGAGCACGUCCCAAAAACGUGUUUGAUAGACGCAAACGCACACAGUUGCUAACUCACAAAGAAGUUUUAAAGCACAAUAUGUGUUUAUGCCUAUUGUUCUACUCUAAAAUGAGUGGAGUUCACACAUCAAAAACUUAAGUUCUCAUUUAAUUUGGCUUAUGUGAGAAGAUGAAAUGGCUUGGAUAUCACCACCUUGAAAUGGUGAUACUCCAUCAUAUAUCUGGUGAUUCUCAUUCAUUGAGAUGCAACAGGAGUUGCACUCUUUUGAUUAUUUCAACAAUAAAAAGAAAAGGUCAGACAUUGCUAGUGAACCUAGUGGAGACCAUUAAUUUAAGUGUUCAUUCGAUUUUUACUUCUUUGUGAGAUUCCACCCAAGUAUGAGCUGUGUGAGUUUGGGACGAGCGUGCCGGUCAAGAGUUGCUGUGGCUGCCUGUGACUCAGACAAUUAAAAAUUAGAAACACCAGGCACAGGCCUCCAAAGGAACUAAACAAACCAAUGCAAAAAAGAACAAAUGGUCCAGGUUGAUGUGCACUGGUGUGUAUUCUGGGUAGUAGGAGCAAGACAACAUAUGCCUUUUUGACCUGUGUUUACACUCCCCUGCACAAAGCCCUGAACCCUGUUCUCUGCUGUGUUGGUGGCCACCUAACCCUCCUAGUGCUGCCCGGGGGGAGCAGCCUGGAGAGUUGGGUAAUACUCAGAGGCAAAGACAGGUCAUGCAGUUCCAUAGGACAAACACCUCUCUAAGUUGGGCAAAAAUAGCAUCUAUAACAUAAAGCACAUUUUCUCAGGAAGAGUAAAGGAAUGAGACAAAAAAUAUGAUUUAAUCAACAUGUUUAUUUGUUAAAUGUAACAUUCCAGCAAUACUGUAUGUAUAGCCAUAUAGUCAAUAUUCAGUCUCCACGAGGCAAAGGAAUUUUGUGACAGAAGAAACAAAGCCAUAGUUUGUGUAGGUUGAAUUUC